UAGCUAUAAAAUUACUUUGUGUAAAUUACCCUAUUGAAUUGAUAUUUUGUACAACAGUCGAAUUAUACAUCUUGGCCGUGACACUUGUGUUUCAUUGGAAAUAUUACAGUGGCGACGAGGAUUAAAAAAAAUACGCGCAAGGUGAUAUUUUGCGCGGCGUGCAGUCAUUUAGUGUUGCGCGGUGUAUUUACGCUUGUUAACGAGCGAUAAUGUCGGUGGGAUUAAUAGGCGCCUUCGAUGUGCGGAGUGCCGCGUGGGCGUCCUACGUGGACCGGCUGGAGAUGUACUUCGUUGCCAACGGAAUCAAGGCGGAGGUGCAGCUGCCGACGUUGAUUGCAGUAAUGGGGGAAGAAGCAUAUGAACUCUUAGUGAACUUGGCUAGUCCUAGGAAGCCUUCCGAUCUCAAGUUCAAGGAGGCAGUGGAUUUAAUGCAACAGCAUCUUGAACCGACGCCGUCCGUGCUCGCGGAACGGUACAAGUUCAGGCAGCGCAGACAAGCCACGGAGGAAAAUGUAUCUGAAUACGUGGCGGAACUCAAGAAACUGUCACGGUACUGUGCGUUUGGAAGCAACCUCAACGAGAAUCUACGCGAUCAAUUUGUGUGUGGCCUCCGCAGUGAUGUCAUACGGCAGCGCCUAUUCGCUGAGGACGACUCGUUGAUCUUCACGAAGGCACUUAAAAUAGCAAGCACGUUGGAAGCAGCAGAGCGGGAUGCGGCGGCUGUGGAGAAGCCUCUGGACGGUGGCAGUCAAGCGACGCAGGCUGUGCAUGCGUUAAGUCAUAGCGGGGUGCGUACUGUCCCUCCCGGGGAAACAAGAGGCAAGGCAAGAGGCAAAGGGACGCGGGGCGGCGCGCCUGGUUUAAGUGACGGAGCGACGAGUAGACGCAGCGGUUCAUUCGGUGCGGUAAGCUGGCGCAGCGUAGCGGCCGCCCGAGAGAGAGGCAUAAGCCGGUAUGCAGCUUGUACAGGCUGCGGAUCGACGGAUCAUCGGUAUGCAGUAUGUCGGUUCCGUAAUUAUAUGUGCAGCUGGUGCAGGCGGAAGGGACAUUUGCGGCGCGUGUGUCCUGAACGCGGCAGCGGUGGGUCCGGCGGGCCGCGAGCCGCCGACCGCGCCGAGCUGAACUACGCGGGAGCUGAAGCAGAAGACUCUGGCGAGGAGGGCCUGGAAGAGAACUUCCACCACCUCUGCCUCAACGAUUACAAACCGGUGAGUCUCCCCGUCGUAGUUGACGCGGUUACCAUUAAUAUGGAAGUUGAUACUGGCUCGGCCGUAUCGUGCAUAAGCGCUGAUACAUACAACGAGUACUUCAAGCAUCAUCGUAUACAAGAUAGUGCAUUAAUUUUAAAUUUUUAUGACGGCUCAAAAAUAAAGCCGCUAGGUUUAAUAAAACCAAUGGUCCGAUAUGGUGACCACAAAAAAAGGUAUAAGGAACUAUUCAGUGGCGGACUCGGUCGCUUUACGGGCGGCCAGGCUACGCUGCGUGUGCGGGAAGGGGCGACGCCGGUGUUCCACCGCGCGCGGCCUUUGCCGUACGCACUGCGUGAGCGCGUCGACGCCGAGCUGGACCGCAUGCUGCGCGACGGCGUCAUCGAGUCCGUCGACUGCUCCGACUGGGCCUCGCCGCUAGUACCGGUAAAUAAAGCGGACGGUUCCUUGAGGAUUGAUUUGUCGCAGGCCUACAAUCAAAUUGAAUUAGACGAUACAAAGAAAUACACCGUUAUCAAUACGCACAGGGGGCUAUAUCGAUAUAACAGGCUCGUUUACGGUUUGGCGUCAAGUCCGGAUGACGUCAUCAUAGGCGGUAAAACAAUUAAAGAGCAUUUGGAGGCAUUACAGGAAGUCUUUAGUAGACUACAUAAUUCGGGUCUCAAGUUAAAAUCUAGCAAGAAACCAUUGGUAGUGACGUGCGAUGCGAGUGGGCGUGGCAUCGGCGGCGUGCUAACGCAGAUCGACGCCGGCAGCGGUGAUGAGAAUAGCGCGGACGGUCUGUCGCGGUUACCAAUCGACGGUAAUAAACAAAGCGAGCCGACGCCACCCGAGCAAACUUACUUGCAUUGUAUUCAAGAUUCUUUAUGUUUAGACUACAAUGAAAUAAAAAACCAGACGGGACGGGAUCCAAUACUGGCUAGGGUAUUGCUAUACAUACGAGACGGUUGGCCUGCAACAUGCGAAUUGGCAAAUUUGAAACCGUACUGGAAUAGGCGGAAUGAGUUGUACGAGGAAUUAGGGUGUGUUAUGUGGGGGCACCGGUUAGUGGUGCCCGAACAAUGUAAAAAUAAAAUUAUAAAAAUUAUUCAUGAACCCCACAUGGGCAUAGUAAAGUCAAAAGCGCUCGCCCGCAGCUAUGUGUGGUGGGCGGGUAUCGACGAAGCCGUGGAGCGCGCGUGCCGGGAGUGCGAGACGUGCGCGGCGCAGGCGGACGCGCCGCCACGGCAGACGCCGCGCAUGUGGACCUGGCCCUCGCGCCCUUGGACCCGCCUCCAUUUAGAUUUUUUGGGGCCAAUUGGGGGGAAAACAUUUUUGGUGGUAGUGGAUGCGAUGUCGAAGUGGAUCGAAGUUUUCCACAUGACGGGGGUUUCGGCGAGCUAUUUAAUUGAUCGUUUGAAUGAAUUAUUCAGCCGGUUCGGUAUACCGAGACAGAUCGUCACGGAUAACGGUACGCAGUUUACUUCAAAGGAGUUCGAAUAUUUUAACCGGUAUUACGGCAUACAGCACAUUUUUACUCCACCGUAUCACCCAUCGUCGAACGGGUUAGCCGAAAACGCGGUUAAAACGCUUAAGAGGAUAAUUAAAAAAGCUCUGCAAGAGAAGCGGGAUAUAAACAGGGCUCUUUGGUCGUUUUUACUUUAUUACCGAAACGUGGAACACUGUACGACUGGCGAGAGCCCGGCGAUGCUCUUACUCGGCAGACCGAUACGUACGCGCCUGGAUGCAAUAAAACCGGAUCGAGAGGAACAAGUGCGUAGCGCACAACAACGGCAGCAGGAGGCGGCCGGCGGGGCCAACCGGACUUUUAGCAAAUCCGAUACGGUUUGGUACAGACAGUAUCUGAAAGGGGAGAAAUGGAUUCCGGGGCAGGUAGUAGACGUUCUGGGGAGAAGUAACUUUAGAGUAAGAGGCUCCGACGGGGGGGUGGUGCACAGGCACAUCGAUCAGUUGCGUAGGAGACCGAGCGAGGGCAGGCAAUCGUUUGCGUCUGCCCCGCCUGGGUUAGGCGAACAUCCAGUCAGUGCGAACGCUCAAGGAUCAGACCCCGGGGGCGCGGGGUUGGAGGAGGUCGAUUCGGAGGGGCCGGCGGGAGCGGAGGCGUCGCGCGUGGUUGAGCCGCCGGCGUCGCAGCCGCAGCCCGCUCCGGCUUCACCGGGCGGGACGGGUCAUGUGUCCCCGGCUGCCGCACUUAGAGCUCGCCCUAUUAGGCAGUGCCGAUUAAUUAAGCCUAAGUAUUAA